AUGGCCGCCAUCACCCUCACAGCAAGGAGCUCUCUAACUUCGCAGUUGCCGCUUCCUGCCAGCGCAAGGUUAGACUUUGAAUUGGGAAUUGAAGGUAAGAGAGAGAAGGCAGAAUCUACCAAAGGAAAGGGAAGCGCAAAGGCCACUCACCUUGUGAUUGUUGUGUUCGUCGACGGCGAAGCGGGCGAGCCUGUCGUCCUUGGCGCUAUUGGCGGCAGGGGGCUCUCGCGCGUGCCACCAAGGACAUGGAAGGCCAUGGCUUCGAGAUAUUUAAUCUCAAAUGAAUGUACAUCUCACGUUUUAUUGUAUGGCUCUGCCUUCACCCACCCGACUGUAGAGGAUCCGGGUCCCUCCUGCCCCUGCCUUCUCAUCCCAAUUUCACCUCGCCGACAUCCUCCACGCUCCCACCAUCAUCAAGCAAAACCCUCUGCAGAUCCGUCCCUAGCUUGCCUGUAUACAUUGUUCCACAAGGGAAUCAGUAUUAAGUUGUUUGGUGAUAAUGGAACCAAACAUUCAGCCGAAAUGUCCAAGCUUCUGGAGAAUGAAAAUCAAGCUGUAAUGGGAACAUACCGAGCAAUGUCUCAUGAGUUGCAUAAACUUCAGCAUAAGAAAGACAGGCAACUGGAGGGAGAUGUCGUGGAAUCAACUCAGGAAGGAAAACAAAGGACAGAAUCAUAGAAAGCUAACUUCAAAUUUGCAAUAUGAUCUGAUAUUGAUACGAGUUCAGCUGAAGGGACAGAUGGUUAUUAUCUGCUCCAUUGCAAUACUCUGCCACCUCAACUCGAGUUUCCACGAUGAUUAUAAUGCUAUCGGCAUGCGGUAGCCAGUCGAAGAACGUUUUAAAACUAUCCUACAAAAUGUGCGAAGCACUGGAACAAGUAUGACUACUAGAUGAUUUGUAGAAAGAGGCUAACAACAUUAUCAGAGUGGCGCAGCGGAAGCGUGGUGGGCCCAUAACCCACAGGUCCCAGGAUCGAAACCUGGCUCUGAUAUUUCGUUGGGUUUCCGAUUUUUCAAUUUUUGUUGCUCGAUUUUUCAUUCUGCGGCUCUCUACAUUUCAUUUACAAUAACUUCUAAAAAUACAGAAGUAGAUAGGUGUUAUGAAAUCUUUAUUUAUUUGGAUGUCUGUA